AUGAUAUCCGCGUCGUUGUCGAUACAUACACAAGCCACGUCACACACCGCGGAGAAGAUGUCAUUCGAUUUCGAAACUGGACCGUUGACGGACUUGCGAUCCAAUAAGGGUAUUCCCACCGGACUCGUUAAGCUGGGUUCGAGAAAGUCAUUGCUGGCGAUCAAGCAGAGCGAGAUUGUUGAGGCCCAGAUCAAAGACGUCUAUCCUCAUCUCAGAACCCAGAUAGUGGGCCUCACAACAUUUGGUGAUGAGGUUCAGAAUAAACCGCUUUAUUCAUUUGGCGGAAAGUCGCUGUGGACCAAAGAAUUAGAGGUCCUCCUGUACGAGAAGAUUGGUGACAACGAGAUGAUCGACCUGAUUGUUCACUCGCUAAAAGAUAUGCCCACACACUUGCCCGAGGAGUUUGAAUUGGGCUGCAUACUGAAGAGAGAAGGUGAGUUUUUCUGUGCUAUUUUUGCUACUAACAGUGCAUUUUUGGACGUCAACAGCUUGGAUUGGGACUGUUCCGUGGGUUUUUAUGAUGAAUUAAAGAAUUUCAGACGUUAG